AUGGACUUCUGCCCUCGGGGUAUAGAAGGCGGCUUCUGCCAUCAGUUGGCAGCCAUGGCUCCGAUCGAACGAGCAACUCUUCGUCCCAUCGUCUACUACGAGUUCCUCCAAGGACAUUCUGCGAGAGCCGCCGCGUACAACAUCUGCGCUGCAUUCGAGGGCAACGUCGUCCACUGGUUGAAACGCUUCGAAUCUGGCGACACGACCUUCGGAGAUCGACCACGCUCAGGACGUCCAUCUACAGUCGAUGACGAAGCCCUGCGGAACGCCCUCGACGCGAAGCCGAACGCCACCAUUCGCGAUUCGGCGACUACACUUGGAGUCACCCAUAUGGCUAUCGGCAACCAUCUGAACGACCUCGGCUAUCGGAAGGUUUACUCGACAUGGGUCCCUCAUCGGCUCGGCGACUCUGACAAAGCAAGCCGUGGGCAAAAACUUUUGGCCCACCCUGUAUAUUCAGGGUGUCCCAUGAAGACCGAGGGACAGGUUGAAGAGAUCCCUAGAAUGUCUUUUUACUUUGAGGGACCUAUCCGCAAGCCUGAGGACGGAGGAGACGAAUUUCAGUUACGGGAUUGGAGAAGAUCCCAGUCUGCAGGUUCAAAGCUUUCUGAUCGGCUUGCGGCAUGCAGAAGGCUGUACCUCAGGGAUAUCCUGCAGUUCCUCCGCAUUCACGAUCUGAGUUCUUCAGCUGAGCCACCUAUCGCCACUAACAUUCCGAUCGUGGAAGGUGUGCGCAACUUUGACAUUCCCAAAGAAGAUGGCAUCCUUGUGCUGAAUCAGGAAACCUUUAAUCAAGCAUUGAUCUCUCAUAAAUUUGUCCUUGUGGAAUUUUAUGCACCAUGGUGUGGGCAUUGCCAAGCCCUGGCUCCUGAGUAUAUCAAGGCAGCAAAAGAAUUGAAAGGGGAUAAGGAUAUUGCACUGGCAAAAGUGGAUGCUACUUUGGAAAAACCUCUUGCUCAGCAAUACAACAUACAGGGCUUUCCCACUCUCAUAUUUUUCCAUGAUGGCUUGAAGGUUGAGGACUAUGAUGGUCCACGAACAGCAGAUGGGAUAGUGCAGUACAUGAAAGUUAGACUGGACCCUGAAUGGAAGCCACCUCCCUCCUCAGUUCUAGUUCUAAUAGCUGAGAACUUCACUACUGUGAUGAAUGCACAACCUCUGAUGUUGCUUGAGUUCUAUGCUCCAUGGUGUGCACAUUGUCAGCGUUUUGCACCUGAAUAUGAGGGUGCUGCAAAGGAACUUCUUCCACAAGGCAUCCCCCUUGCCAAAGUAGAUGGGACAGUUGAGAAGAGCAUAGCUGAUCAAUAUGGCAUCAGUGGUUGGCCCACAUUGAAGGUAUCUCGUCAUGGGCGCAUGUUUGACUACAAGGGCCCCCGUGACAAGUCUGGGAUUGUGAGCUAUAUGCUUGACCUGAAACUUCCUCCUUCUACAGAAGUGUCCUCGAUUCAAGAGCUGCAGAAUAAACUCUCUCGUGUUGAUGGGUCUGUCAUUGCCUUUUUUUAUCAGAAGUCCAACCUCUACGAUGAAUAUAUGGCUGCUGCUUUCUCUCUCAAGUUGAUGGAAGACCAAGGCAAUAUCCUGCAUACAUUCUCAUCUGAGAUAUUGGAGAAAUACAAGACAAAGCCUGAUACCAUUGCUGCUAUCAUACCCAAAGCUCUCAUUUCAAAAUAUGAGAAGCAAAUUCAGUUCUUUGGAAGCAAGGGGAGCACUGAGUCAUAUUUAGUGAAGGAGAUCCAGGCACGCAUCACACCCUUGGUAGGCCACCGCACCAAGAAAAAUGCUCCUGGUCGAUAUCGAAAGCGUCCUUUGCUUGUGGCAUACUAUGAAGUCAACUUCUCACAUGAAUAUGUGAAAGAUACAAACUUUGUGCGUGAGAAGCUGGUUGAGGUGGCAAAGGACUAUCCAGAUCAUGCAAUCUUAUUUGCUGUGAGUGACGAGACUGAGUUUGAAGAUGAGUUGGUGUCACUGGGUUUGGCUGAUUCUGGAGUGGAUGUAAAUGUGGCUCUCUGGGAUGAUAAGGAUAAGAAGUAUGUCAUGGAGCCCACAGACAAUCUGGACAGUGAUGACAUUCGGGAAUUCAUCUCUCUGGUUCAGGCUGGGAAAGUGAAGCCUUAUUUAAAGUCUGAGCCCAUUCCACGGAAUCAGGAAGGUUCUGUCAGGGUGGUUGUGGCCAGCACGUUUGAGGAGGAGAUUCUGAAGCCUGAAAAGGAUGUCCUUAUUGAAUUCUAUGCUCCUUGGUGUGGCCACUGCAAGGAGCUGGAGCCAAUUUAUGAGAGAGUGGCUCAACAUGUUGCAAAAUCCAAUGACAAACUUGUCCUGGCUAAGUUUGAUGCUACAGCCAAUGAUGUUCCACCUGGAUUUGAUGUCAAGGGGAUCCCAACCAUCUACUUCUUGCCAGCCUUUGAGAAGAAAGAUCCCAUUCUCUUUGAUGGACCUCGAACAUUUGAGGGGAUUAAUGAAGGUGGAAUGGGACCAAAGAAAAAGAACCCUAUUAAUGGGUUCUCAAUAUUCAUGCGAGAACAACGGGAUGAGAUGCAAAGGAGAGAGGGGAGGGUUUUCAGGAAUAUGGAAGAGGUGGUUGUUGCUUGCCGCCCAAGGUGGAACCUGCUCGCUGAAGAAGAUAAGCAAAGGUACAAUGAUGCGGCAAAAAAGGAAAGGGAGAAGGAGAAGAAGGACCUUACAAAGAAAUAUGACAGUUAUGGUAUGCCACUGUCAGAACGUAUUCGUGAAGAAAAUGAGAAGAAAGCAGCAGAGCGAGCUAUGAUUGAAGAUAUAAGGAGAACAGUACAGGAUGGUUUCAAUAAGGGAACUCUAGUGGAUGAACUAUUUCAUUUCAUAGACUUCAACAUCUUCGUACGUACAGAUGAGAUUCAUCAUCUGGUUGAUAAGUAUCGUCCAGCAGAAGUGGCUGCUGUUGAGUACACAAUCUCCCAGGGAGUUACAAAGAAAUUACAUGCUCUCCUUCACCCUGACAACAUUCCAUUAGGAUAUCGAUCCCAGGCUCAGGACUUUGCAGCUGAACAUGGCAUUCGAUUGGAACUGCAAGGGAACCUGUUGGAGAAGAACUAUCCAGGAAUAGUGAUUAGACUCUUGAAUCUUCUCAAUCCAUCAGGGGAUAAGGCUGAGUAUCCUCCAUUCUACACCAUGCCAGACCAGGUUGAGAAGGUCACGUCUCUUUUGGAAUGGUUGUGGAUGCAUGGUCAGCGGAGAGGUCAGCGAAACCCAUUUCGUGUUUAUCAACUCAAUCAUCUUCUUUUCCAUCUAAGAGCUGUUUGCACUGGUGAGAACCUGGCUUACCCAUCCAGUGUGACAGCCACAGAUGUGCUGCUCAACUCAAGCUUUGAUCAUGUGGGAGGAAUAGCUUGCAAGUAUCAUAGGGAAGAAUGUGAAAGCACAAGACCAUGUGUGCUGAGCUUGGUGGUGCGCCAAGCAUACCUCAUUUCUGAUGCCAUCUGUGAGCAUUUUGGAGUUGAACUCCAGCCAAACAAGCACUGCCCAGUGCUUUGUGAGACCCCUUAUCUCUCUGUUGAUGAGGAUCCAGGAAGAGAGUGCCAUGGAGGAGCCACUGCAUCAGCUGCACAUCUUGACCAAGGAGAUCCAGAUGUUGACAAUAAUGGUGCUGGUUUCCACAUGGUUCAACAUAAUAAGAAACCAAUUGGGAAGGCUUCUGUAGAUGGUGGGGCACUCCCUACUGCUUUGAAGAUGUCUCGACCUGGUGCUCGCAUGGCAGACCCCAAGAAAGUGAGUUCAGAGCUCUUCACAUUGACUUAUGGAGCUCUCGUGGCUCAGAUGCUCAGAGAUUAUGAGAACACAGAAGAAGUCAAUAAGAACCUGGAGAAGCUUGGCUGGAGUAUUGGGGUCAGACUCAUUGAGGACUUCUUGGCCAGAUCAGGCUCAACAAAAUGUUAUGAUCUGAAAGACACGGCUGAGAAGAUUCAGGCAGGGUUCCGUAUGUUUCUUGGUGUCAGUCCAUCCAUAAGCAACUGGAGCCCAUCUGGGGAUGAAUUCUCCUUAUUCCUGGACUCAAAUCCGCUGACAGACUUUGUUGAACUCCCUCCCUCCCAGGCAGCUCUCAAGUACUCCAACAUCAUUCCUGGUGUUAUACGAGGAGCUUGUGAAAUGGUCCAUCUGGAAGUGCAGAGUUGGGUUUCAGGAGAUCCCUUGAAGGGAGAUGAUAAGACAGAGAUUCGUGUCAAGUUCCUCAGGAGGAAAUCCUCAGUUAAAAUUGAAUAUUCUAAUCUCCCUGAGAUAGAUGAUUCUGAACUAAUUUUCACAGAUGACCCGGGAGCAGCAGAGAGAAAAAUUGGAUCAGCUGACAAGCUGAUUGCCAAUGUGAAGCCGCUCCCGAUCUGUCGCUUCAAAGCGAAAGGAACGGUACCCAUGAGUGAGAAACUCACAAUGUAUCUGCCACUGGUGAAGUACAAAAUCCCCAUUGGGACAAUCACUCCCACAAUUGCAUGUGUUGAUGGCAUUCCAUGUUCAAGGGCAAAACGCUUCUCCAAUUUCACCACUGGAGGUGAAGGUGACGCGGUCUUGAGCAGGCGACAAGGGAGGGAUAAGCUGCGUGAUGCCAGUCUCGUCACGCAGCAUCCACGUGCCUCGCCGCAGCAAUGGAGCCAUUUCAAUAUGGACCCCUCCGUGCAGCCUCUGUCCAUAAAAGAUGCAAUUGAGAAAAAGGAAGAGAUCAAUCAGCAAGGCAAACAAGAAGCAAAAAGUGGAUAUCAAGGACAAGGAACCACAGAUACACCAAAAGAAGAAUGCAUCCUGUGUCUUUCAACCACCAAAGGACCAAAUAGAUUCAAAAAUUGUGCAGGACAUGCCUCAUGUGUUGUUGAGAAUUCAAAUACAGGUAGCCCAACAGUCAAGCCCAUCCAGAAAGUUGGAAGAAAAAAGAAGAGAAGCAAAUUUUUGAGCAAGGAUGAUUGCAUUCAAGAGUCAUUAGACACUGAGUGUAUUAGGGAUGCUGAAGGACUGAAAAGGCUGUCAGUGGUACUUCGCCCAUUAGGAACCAAACAUUCAGAUACCCAUAUCAUUCCAAGUCAGUCAGCAGAACGGGAUGGAAGCCCUCAACUAGAAGAGGGUGAGCAGGAGGAUGAAUCAUUGUCAGAGCUUGAGGAGGAGACAACUGGGCAAGAUCCAUUCGAUGAACACUUGGGGACUUUGCUUCCAGAACAAUUUGUGAAAAGUAGCUUAUUUCAAUCCAAGAAAUGGAAAGUUGAAGAGAUAGAGCUUCAGACUUUGGGUCAUUGCCUUUUUUAUCACUGUCCUGAGGAGGCUUCUCCAGGGGUACCUUCCAUUGGUUUGUUGGAGAAAGAUGUUGGAGAGGCCCCAUUGAAUCUGUUCCAUAGUUCCCUCUUGAAAGAUGGCUCAGUCUUUCCUCCCCCAGAAAGAAUGAUUCUGAAGGAAAGUUUUAUUAAAGCUGCUGUCACAAGAAACCUUCCUAAUAGUAUCAAAGCAACUUUGAAGCAAAAGGGAAAGUCAGUUUUGAGUGACCUUCAACGGUCAGUAUUUCAUAUCAUCAACUCCUACACAGACCUACUCUUCACAGAACGAACUCAUAGCAAUGGGGAAGAGCUUCGUUUCAUCUAUUGCCUUCAUGCCAUCAACCAUGCUCUCAAAACCAGGACUAAGAUUGUCAAUCACAAUGCCAAGCUAGAAAAGUGGAGAAAGAAAAAGAAGACAGGAGAGGAGGUUCUUGAAUAUCAAGAUCAAGGUUUGGCAAGGCCCAAGAUUCUGAUCGUUGUGCCCUUCCGAGAAUCAGCUCUCAGAGUAGUGACGAUGAUGUCUCAACUACUAUUCCCUGAUGACCACAAGGGGAAUAUCAUCAAUAAGAAGAAAUUCUUGGAUCAUUUUGAAUCUGAGGAUACUGAGCUGGUGAAGAGGCCAAACUUGAGUGAUGAUUUCAGGUUAACUUUUGCUGGGAAUAUUGAUGAUGCUUUCAAUGUUGGUUUAAACAUCACUAAGAGUGCCAUCAGGCUUUUUAGUGAUCUGAAGACUGCAGACAUCAUCGUGGCUUCCCCCUUGGGAUUACGGGUGCUUAUAGGAGCAGAAGGUGAUAAGGAACGAAAAACUGAUUUCCUUGCCUCUAUUGAGAUCCUGAUACUUGACCAGCCUGAAGUUUUCCUCAUGCAGAACUGGGAGCACAUGACCCAACUCUUUAAGUCCCUCCAUCUCCAGCCAAGAGACACGAAGGAAAUUGACUUUUCCCGUGUUAGGAUGUGGAGCAUAAAUGGCUGGGCUCGCUACUAUUGCCAAACUCUCAUCUUCACAUCAAUCAUCACUCCUGAAAUUCUGUCAGUCUUCAAUAGGCAUUGCACAAACUAUGAGGGGAAACUCUGCACUGCCAACCCUAUCACAGUUGGAUCAGUAUCUCAAGUGAUUGUGCAGGUGCCUCAGGUCUUCCAGAAGUUCUUAUCCACUGAUCCCCAGAGUGAUCCAGAUGACAGGUUCCAGUUCUUCAUCAACAAAGUCCUUCCCCAGUACAAAGAGAGUUUGAUGGCCCACACCAUGAUCUACAUUCCCUCAUACUUUGACUUUGUGCAACUGAGAAAUUACUUCAAGAAGGAAGAGAUCAGCUUCACACAGCUCUGUGAAUAUUCAGAUCCAGACAAGAUAGCACGUGCACGGAACAGAUUCUAUCACAGCAAGAGGCACUUCUUACUGUACUCAGAGAGGCUCCAUUUUUACAAGCGGUACUGCAUCAAAGGAAUCCGCCACCUGAUCUUUUAUGGCCUCCCAACAUUUCCAAACUUCUACUCAGAGAUUCUGAAUUUCAUGCAGGUGAAUCUGGUUGUUUGGGAUGACUUGGGUCGAUACGUGGAUGGAGGUCCUCCCAAACUACUUCACCUCCUUCUAUCAACCUUGAGCUACAUGACAACAAUAACACCAGAUGAGAAGUGGAAGAUGGAGCUGCUAGGUUCCAGAGCCGAAGUCUCAUAUCUGUACUCCCCAGAAGGCAGAAGGGAUUUGACACACUCUGAUUCACGUGCAGACCAAUCCCAGCAGGCAACCUCGUUGUUCCCACCAUACGAACUGAUGACCCAGGAUUUAGACCGAGGAUGGGCUGCCAAUCGUCUCACCCUCAAACCUGAACAUGAGAGUUCAUGA